GGAGAGUUCCGAUUUAUCACCUUCCGACAGUUCUUCGGAACGGAUCACCAACGACGUUGCCGGUAUUAAUUCUGCUGGAUACGUGUCUAUUCGGGUUCUCGGUAGCCGUGAUAGACACCACAGUCUGUAGAAUCGCCCGUAACAGCUGCAUUGCAGGGUGCAGUUAUAUAGCAGUUGAUUGUUCUGAGUAUCUCCACCGUCUGGGGCCUGCCAGGCUGAGUCAGCCCAGCACGUGAGUGUCCAAUCAGAUGACCAGCGACUGCCCACCACGUGACCCGGCAAAGCGUUUCCGCCCGUUUCGCGGAUAAGCGCCCUUCCGGCUGAUCGGGAGAAACGCCUUGCCGAAACGGACGGCUGGGGAGAGGGUCGGAGAGAGAGCUGGGGAGAAAUACGGGGUCGAUUUCUUUCCUCUUAUUACUCGCGCGAUUUCCCUUGGUGUCGUGUUCUCUCGUGUCUCUCUACAGUCAGUAACCAUGGCCAAGGGAGCGGUUGCGGUGUUCCGCCCCGUCUGGCGGCGGAACUUCUCGGCCUCGACGGCACACCGCGCGAUCAACAAGGUCUGUGACUCGGCUCAGGAGGCUGUCAAGGACAUGAAGGGUUCGUCGACCCUGCUUGUCGGAGGCUUUGGUUUCUCGGGCGUGCCCAACACCCUCAUCAAUGCGGUCCGCGACCGUCCUGAUAUCAGCGAUCUCACCGUCGUCUCGAACAAUGCUGGAAUGCCCGGAGCUGGUCUUGGUCAAUUGCUCGAGUCGAAGCAGAUCAGCAAGAUGAUUGCCUCGUUUAUCGGAGAAAACAAGGUCUUUGAGAAGAUGUACCUGACCGGCGAGCUGGCCCUGGAGCUCACGCCGCAGGGCAGCAUUGCGGAAAAAUGUGCGGCUGGUGCGGCUGGCGUGCCGGCCUUCUAUACCCCGGCAGCUUAUGGAACUAUUGUGCAAACUGGUGAACUCCCCGUCCGCUACAACAAGGACGGUACUGUGGCGGAGUACUCCAAGCCCAAGGAGACCCGCGAAUUCAACGGCAAGAACUACAUCAUGGAAGAAUCGAUUUUCGGCGACUACGCUCUGGUCAAGGUCCACAAGGCCGACAAGCAAGGCAACUGUCAGUUCCGCAAGGCAAUGAACAACUUCAACGAGGCCAUGGCCAAGAACGCCAAGGUUACCAUCGUCGAGGCCGAUGAGAUCGUCGAGGUCGGCGAGAUCGACCCCGAGAGCAUUCAUCUGCAGAGCAUCUAUGUCGACAAGGUCAUCAAGAGCACCGAGAAGACCCAGAUCGAGAAGCUUACCUUUGCCAAGGACCCUAGCGAGCUUCUUCAGGCGGGCUCCGGUGAUGCCACUGCCCGUCGUGAACGUAUCGUCAAGCGCGCCGCCAAGGAAUUCAGAGAUGGAAUGUACGUCAACUUGGGUAUCGGCAUGCCGUUGAUUGCUCCCUCGUACCUGCCGGAAGGCGUCGAGGUCGUCCUGCAGGCUGAGAACGGAAUCCUGGGUCUGGGAGGUUACCCCCAGCCUGGCGAGGAGGACCCGGAUCUGAUCAACCCCGGCAAGGAGACCGUUACCCUGGCCCCCGGUGCGUCCGUGUUCGGCUCUCAGGAGAGCUUCGGUAUGAUUCGCGCUGGAAAGAUUGACUUGACCAUGCUUGGUGCUCUCCAAGUCAGCCAAUACGGAGAUCUCGCCAACUUCAUGCUCCCCGGAAAGGUUAAGGGUGUGGGCGGUGCUAUGGACCUGGUUGCCAACCCGGAAAAGACCAAGGUCGUCGUUACCAUGGAGCACGUCGACAAGAAGGGCAACCCCAAGAUUCUGGCUGACUGCACGUUCCCCCUGACUGGUCCCCGCUGCGUCUGGAAGAUCAUCACCGACCUGGCCGUCUUCGAGGUCAGCCCGACUGAGGGUCUGACUCUCGUCGAGCACGCGGAGGGCGUCACCGUCGACGAGAUCCGCAGCAAGACCGCUGCUCCCUUCAAGGUCGCCGAUGAUCUCAAGCCCAUGCUGUGAUUGCGUUUCAAUCCACGAUAUCUCAUGUACCACUUUGCUAAAAAGGCCUAUGGAGUUCUGAUAUAAUAGAAUAUAUACAUUUUCCCAUUCCUUUCGUUCUUCGAAAAAGAAAAAAAAAGGUUCUAGAAGCCACCAUAGGUGCAGUACAUACAAGAUGGGAGAUGGGAGAUAGCGGUAGGGGUUACUACCUACAAAUCAACUCUAUACUAUAUGCGCGCUGGAUGAACGACACUCAUGUUCCCCGUCACGAUGGUCUUAAGCUGCAGAUAGUCAUCCACGCCGUACUUGCUGCCUUCUCGGCCUAGACCAGACUGCUUGAUGCCUCCGAAUCUAUAGCAAACCAUGUUAGUCAGAAUACCAACAGUUGUUGAGAGAGGGAGUGAAGAGAGAAUUCAAGAAAGGGGAAAAAAA